AUGGAAACUUAUCAUUGUAACUUCAAAGCUCUUAGCCAAGAUAUUAUUUGUGGAAGUAUACCACCAGUUGCUAAUGGCGAGUGGAUUCAAGAGCUUAAAGAGAACAAUAUAUCCGUAUGCGACGAUAGUAAUGGACCAAUAGAAAUACUUAUUGGCGCUGACAUUGCAGGCAAGUUGAUGACCGGAGGAUUUAAAUUGCUUACUUCAGGCCUUGCUGCUAUAGAAACAAAACUUGGUUGGACUCUUUUCGGGAAAAAUGGUAUGCGUGAGAUCUCGGACAAUUCCGCACUGCUCGUCACAUCCAUGUUGAAUAAGGAAAUAUUGAUAUCCGAUCUAUGGUCUCUAGAUUCACUUGGAAUUCUAGAUCCAUCAGAGAAGAAAAGUAAACUGGAACUUCAAGAAGAAGCAAGAGAUCAUUUCUUGUCUACUGUAAAGGUGAACGAAGAGGGGCGUUUUCAAGUCAGCUUGCCAUGGCUUGAUAACCAUCUACCGUUAAAAGAUAACUAUGACUUAGCUGUAAAGAGAUUAGCUUCUACAGUAAAACGACUAAAAGCUGAGAAACUGAAACUUUAUGAUGCUUAUGGAGAAGUUUUUAGUGAAUGGGAACAAGAAGGCAUCAUAGAAGAAGUACCAAAAAGCGAAAUUGAUGUAACAUGCCAUUAUCUACCACAUCGACACGUAGUAAAAGAAAACAGUACUACACGAAUCAGGCCAGUGUUUGAUGCCUCGGCCAAACAAAAAGGAUCCCCUAGUCUCAAUGAUUGUCUAGAAAAAGGUCAGAACCUUAUCGAACUGAUUCCUUCAAUUCUUCAUAGAUUCCGAAUGAACAGAAUAGGAGUUUCUGCAGAUAUACGAAAAGCAUUCUUACAAAUAAGUCUCAACCCUAAGGAUAAAGACUAUCUAAGAUUCUUAUGGUAUAGAACUGAUGGAAAACUGAAGUAUUACAGGCAUUGUAGGGUAGUAUUUGGAGUUACAAGCAGCCCUUUCUUGCUAGUUUCUGUAAUUCACCAUCUUCUAGAAUCCACUUUGAAACAACUAAAUGGAAACCCAAAAUGGUGGGAAGGACCUAAAUGGCUAUAUUUAUCACCUGAAAAAUGGCCAAAAGAAGAUUUUAGUGCUGAUGAAGAAGAAAUAGCUCUUGAGAAAAAGAAAAGGAUUAUUUCGUCCUUAAUAAAUCUUAAUGCUAGUGAAAUAGUUGCUACUAGAUUCUCAAGUUAUCGUAAGACAAUCAGACUGGUAGCGUGGAUGUGUCGUUUUGUUUACAACUGUAAACAUCAAAACAAGAAAAAGGAUGAACUUACUGUAUCUGAGUUAAAUGAAGCUGAGAGAGAAAUAUCUUGA